UAAAUAAAUAUAUAUUUACAUUUAACUGAUUUUUAUAAUAGGUUUAUAAAUUUAAUAGCAUUUUAAUAAUUGUAGAUGGCAUCUAUGUUAGCUCCAUUUAGUAUUUCCUCCGUGUUGGUGGGGUGUUUUAGAAUGUGUUGUUCUUUGUUGUAAUUAGAACAUUGGAGUGUGAGGUAUUCUAUUGCCAGUGGUGUAUUGUAUUGUUGGCAGAUUAGCUGUUUGUUGGUUGAAGGAGUAAGAGCUAAUGAGAUGAGUAUGGCCUUUUCUGGUUUUAGUGGUUAUAAUGUCUACUUUAUGGGAUGUGUUGAAGGGGAAUUGUCAUUUAUGAAUGUUUUUUUUAAAUAUAUUUUAACUUGUUGUUUUUUAUGAUGUUUCAAUGGGAUUGCCAUUGCUGGAUGAAAGUUUGAUCAAAAUUAUUCUGAAUAUAUCUUUGUUUGGUAGUUGAUUCAAUGGAUAAUAUAGCUUGGUUUGCUUUUAGCUUGGCUUCUUCAUUACUGGGUAUACCAGUGUGUAUGUAAAUAGGCGUAACUUGGAAAUUUAUUAGGGGGGGGGAGCAAAAUAUAAUUACAUAUCUAACGAAAAGGGUAUCCCUGGCUAAACGCCGCUUUACUACUUACAUAUUAUUAUAUAAAAUUAUUCAUUUUCUAACAUUAGGUUAGAUAAGCGAAAAUUUAUAAUUAAGAUUUAAAAAAAAAAAUGUUAUAGUAAUAACUAUAAUCAGCUAUUUUGUACUUAUUUUAAAACAAGUUAUGUUGAACAUCAGAGGAGGCACUGUCCCUCCUAAUUUAUUCUAGGGGGGCAAUUGUCCCCCAGUUUAUGCCUACAUGUAUGUGUGUGUUAAAUUUAUUAUUAGGUACAUUUAUUAAGUGACUGAAAACCAAAUAACAAUUAUUUAGUGCUUCUUUCAAAAUAUUGACUGGCUUAAUAUGUAUGUAUAUUAAUGGUUCAUAUAAAAGAUUCAUAUCUGAAUAUCUUAGUUUGUAAAAUGGCAGUGUACUUAAAUCCAUGUUUAUCACUUCCGAUUAACUUGGCUGAAAAUGAAUUUGAAGAUCUUAUACAAAAAUUAAAAGAUUGGACUAUUAUGCAUGGCGGUGGUAUGAGAUCAAAAAAACAGUAUUCCAAUGAUUCUUUAACUGUGGUACCAUUUACAUUAUUACCUUCAGUUUUUCCACGUUCUGAGUUCCAAAAAGCAGUCUCAAUUCAACCAGCAUUAAAUGAACUGACUCAUUAUGUUUCUAAUGAUCAUGCAUUUUUAUACUCUUGUUUAGAAAAAACCAUAGAAGUUGAUGAAUUUACACGUAAUUUAUUCAAUUUAUAUGAAACUGUAAGAAGUGAAGGCUUUGCACAGCGCAUAAGCCUUGGAAUGUUGCGCUCAGACUUCAUGCAAGAAAAGGAAGCAAGCGGUUAUUACAUCAAACAAGUUGAAAUGAACACAAUUGCUAGCGGAUUUGGUUGGCUUGGUAUCGUUUCCGGGGACAUUCACAGACCGCAGAAAGGACACACAAUGUGUAUUUUGUUGAUGUGUGGUGCUUUACAGUCAAGGUGUCUGGGAUUAUUGAGGUCAGACUACUUGUUGGAUGUUUGCAAUUCUUCUUCCGUGAAGCAAGUGGAAUUGAACACAAUCGCUUCGAGCUUUGGCGGUUUGACAUCGACAGCCCCUACUCACAGGUUUUUCUUCCAACAGAUGGGAUUGUUAGAUAAAUUGAAAAUGUUGCCCGAAAAUAAAGCUUUACAAGGCCUAUGUUCUGGAAUCAUUAAAGCUUGGGAACUUUUUAAUGACAAAGAUUCAGUCAUUUUAAUUAUUAUUGAAAAUCAAUCAAUGAAUGUCUGUGACCAACGUUUUCAUGAAUUUGAAAUUGCUCGUCAAAAACCAGAAUUAAAUGUAAUCCGUAAGAAUUUAACUCAAAUAGCAAAUGAAGCAAAACUUUCGGAUACCAAAGAUCUUAUUGUUCAAGGAAAAAAAGUUGCUGUUGUUUAUUUCCGAGCUGGUUAUACACCUGAUCAUUAUCAUAGUGAAGCUGAAUGGUCAGCACGCUUGAUGAUUGAACGUUCAAAAGCCAUAAAAUGUCCCAACAUUCAGUACCAUCUGGCAGGAACUAAAAAAGUACAACAAGCACUAGCAACUCCAGGAAUGCUUGAACGUUUCAUCAAAGAUACUAAAAAGUCUACUGAUAUUCGAAAAAUGUUCACAGGAUUAUAUGCUCUCGACUUGAAUGAAGAUGGUGAUAAAGCUGUUAAAAUGGCUUUAGACUGUCCAGAACGGUUUGUAUUAAAACCACAAAGAGAAGGGGGUGGCAACAACUUGUAUGGGGAAGAUAUCAGACAUAAACUUACUAGUUGCAUGAACAGUAAAGAACGGUCUGCAUGGAUACUGAUGGACAAAAUAAAUCCUCCUGUCCAACAAAAUUACUUAAUUAGACCAAAUCAAGAUUUUAAGAAAAAUUCUUCCUUAUGUGAUGUAGUAUCCGAACUUGGUAUUUUUGGCAUAAUAUUAUGUGAUGGUGAUAACAUAUUGAUAAAUGAACAAGUAGGACAUAUGAUGCGUUCAAAGUUAACAUCAUGCAAUGAAGGAGGUGUGCAUGCAGGUGAUGGUGUGUUAGACAGUCCGUUCUUAAUAGAUGAUUGCCCAAUGAAAAUAAAAUAAUGUCGUUCUGAUUUUUUUAAACUAUUUAGAUUCUUAACUAUCCAAUGCAAUUGUUAUUCAUAGUUUUUAUUCAUUGUUUCUUCUACUGAUGUUAAAAAUAUACAUAUUUUUGUAUUAAA